CAAUUCCGAGCAGGAUAGUAAGUUGAGUACUUGCCAAGGGAGAUUCGAGCAGCACAUGAGCAUCUUGAUGGAGUUAAAUUAGCUCAGACACUAGGGCGUGAUGGCGAACAGGCGUGCCUGUGGGGUUUGUGCUGUAAAGGCAGCGAAAUCGGAGUCUAAAGAUUAGUUGUCCUCACAUAGGCAAGUCGUUCGCUUCCUUAUGUUGAAACUCAAAAUUAAAACUGAAUGUGGCAUGGCGCGACGGAGCGCUUAAACGACGCCCUUAUCUCUCGGACUCGCACGGAGAACAUCAUAUGCUCCCUGCCCAAACAGGUACAUAAGGCCACCCAUGUCCUGACCGCAGCUCGCCAGGUCUUUCGAGGAUCCCCCCUUACCUUCUAAUCCCCGAUGGCGUCCACCGACCUCGACUACGUCGCGGAACGGUCGGUCAGCGUUGGCUCAGGCUCCGAAGAGAAGCGCGAGCAAACUGACCACGACAAGGCUGAAGCUAUCGUCGAUGCCAUCGCUCUUGCGGACUUUGAUGACCCCAAUAUUGACAAGAACGAAGCUAUAGCUGGCGUCCUCGAGGACGACUCGCCGUACCCCGAGGUACGCUCGGCCGUCGCAAACACGGACGACCAGUCCAUCCCCUGCAAUACCUUCCGUGCCUGGACCAUGGGCUUAUUUUGGACAAUUAUCAUUCCCGGUCUCAACCAGUUCUUCUUCUUCCGGUAUCCCUCCGUCAACAUCACCGGCAUUGUCGCGCAGCUACUCUCCUUCCCCAUGGGCAAGUUGUGGGCACGGAUUGUGCCGAACGUCAAGAUAUUUGGUCUUUCGAUCAAUCCUGGGCCGUUCACUGUCAAAGAGCACGUCUUGGUUGUUAUCAUGGCGACCGUUGGCUGGCAGUCAGCUUACGCUACGGAUAUUAUCGCAGUGCAGCGCGUGUACUACAAUCAGAUCUUCAACUUCAGCUACCAAUGGAUGCUCGUAAUAUCCACCCAGCUCAUUGGUUUCUCUCUCGGCGGGAUCAUGCGUCGCUUCCUCGUUAAUCCACCAUCCAUGAUCUGGCCCACUAACCUCGUCACCUGCGCGCUCUUCAACACCCUCCAUUCGCAGCAGUACGCUGGGAUCGGCAACCAUGCCGGGGUCUCGCGCGAGCGCUUCUUUAGCUACGUCUUCUUCGGCGGCGUAGCAUGGUACUUCAUCCCCGGCUACCUCUUCCAGGCGCUCGGGUACUUCACCUGGGUAUGCUGGAUUGCUCCUGAAAACGUCGUUGUCAACCAGCUGUUCGGAUACCAGUCCGGCCUCGGGAUGUCGCUCAUUACGUUCAAUUGGGCCGAGAUCACAUACAUUAUCUCGCCCCUAUCGACUCCCUGGUGGGCUGAGGCAAACGUUGUCGCAGGCUUUGUGUUUUUCUUCUGGUUCAUCACGCCGAUCUUAUACUACACCAACACAUGGUACUCCAAGUUCCUGCCCAUGUCAUCGAUCACGUCGUAUGAUAGAUUCGGGGACAGCUACAACGUGACGGCGAUCCUCAACCCGGACAACACGCUCAACCUUACUGCGUACCAGGAAUACAGUCCACUCUUCCUGUCGACAACCUUCGCUCUGUCUUAUGGACUGUCGUUCGCGUCCAUCACAGCCACCAUCACGCACGCCUUCCUCUUCUUCCGCAAGCAAAUCUGGACGCAAUCCCGUCGCUCGAUGGACGAGCAGCCCGACGUGCACGCCCGCCUGAUGUCAAAAUACAGACAAGUCCCCGAGUGGUGGUACAUGAUCAUCUUUCUCGUCAUGUUCGUCUUCGGCAUCAUCGUCAUCGAGGUCUGGCCGACCGAGUUCCCCGUCUGGGGCUUCGUCCUCUCCCUCAUCAUCGCAUUCGCGUACAUCAUCCCGAUCGGCAUGAUCCAGGCCAUCACGAACCAGCAGGUUGGCCUCAACGUCAUCACCGAGCUCGUCGUCGGCUACGCGCUCCCCGGGCGCCCGCUCGCGAUGAUGAUGUUCAAGACAUGGGGCUACAUCUCCAUGGCGCAGGCCCUCCAGUUCGCUUCGGACUUCAAGCUCGGGCACUACAUGAAAGUCCCGCCGCGCGUGAUGUUUACGGCGCAGGUAAUCGCAGCGGUGAUUGCAGGCACAGUGCAGCUCGGCGUGCAGGCGUGGAUGUUCAGCAAUAUCAGGGACAUAUGCAGCACGUCGCAGCCGGAUGGGUUUAUAUGCCCAAACACGCAGGUGUUCGGGACGGCGAGCAUCAUCUGGGGUGCGAUCGGACCGCAGAGGCAGUACUCGUCCGGGCAGCUGUAUCACGGGCUGACGUGGUUCUUCCUCAUCGGCGCGGCGUGCCCAUUCGUGGCGUGGCUUAUCUCGCUCAAGUGGCCGAAUAGCUUCAUCAAAUAUGUCAACUUCCCUGUGAUCUUCACGGGCACAAACAUGAUCCCGCCCGCGACGGGUCUGAACUACGUCUCGUGGGGCAUCGUCGGGUUCAUCUUCCAGUACCUCAUCCGCCGGCGCCAUUUCUCGUGGUGGACCAAGUACAACUACGUGCUCUCAGCCGCGCUCGACUCGGGCCUCGCCAUUGGCAUCGUGCUCGUCUUCUUCUGCCUGCAGUAUCCACGCAACGGGACCAUCGGCGCGAACAACAUCGACACGUGGUGGGGCAACACCGUGUAUCUCAACACCGCAGAUAAUAACGCCACAUCGCUGUUGCCCGUGCCUGAAAAUGGGUUUGGGCCGACGACAUGGUGAAGCGUCUGCUUCUUUCGUUCAGCUCCUGUCUUGCGUUCGAUGUUGAACUUAAUAUCGGUGUCUUGUAUUCUGAAUCUGUACCAGACCUUGUGUCUAUAAUACAAGCUUGGUGCACCGGUACCGGUAAUUGUGUAAUUUGUAUUUUUCCGUUCCGGUCGUUCUGUAUCUAUAUACGACGGCUGGUUAACUCAAC